AAACGAAAACAAGUUGUUUCCAAGUAGAAAGUAAACGAUUUGAAUAAGUUAUGGACAGCCCUAUAUCGAUGUGAUACGAUAUAUUUCGGAUAACAAUCGAAAUACAAAUGGUAGAGAAAAACUUCAAAAGAGAAUCCACUGGCUGUUUUUUUGUGCAAUUUGUUGCUUUUGCUCAAAUACAAAACCGACGAUCGAGUGACAAAGAAAACCCAGUACCGAUUCAGAAGCAUGCGGUGUGCAUGUGAAACAGAACGAACCGAAUGGAAAAGAACUAAAAGCAUCGAACGACAUUGUGCGGAUGUGAUGCUCAUUCUAUAGGCAAUCGACACGAAAGAGACGAAUCUACAUUCACAUCCACAUUCAUUCCGACAUACAUACACGCCCUACCGUCAUCAUUGUCGUCGUUGACUACAUCACACGGAUUACGUGUGCUAUUCGUCUCUUUGUGUGCACAUAGAAUGCGAAUCGCCUGAUAUUGUCGAGAGUAUGCCUAUCCCGCUCACCCAUACACGCCGCGUUGUGUAUAUAUAUUUAUUAUUGUUAUUUCUGUAGUCAUUAGUAAUAUAUGAAGCCAGUGCAUGAGUAAUAUGGAGCGCCCGCAUCGAUAUACCAUUUAGUUUACAACGAAAAGUCAUGGGAGCUGUUUGUCAAAAACGGGUAAAUUAGACAUGGGCUCAAGUGAUUGAAAACCCGCUUCGAUUCUGUUUUAAUUUGUUUGAUCGCAUACGGUUUCUCCGUCGAGACAUAAAUUGAGGUGAAGUGAGAUUAAAAAAAAAGAGAGAGAGAAAAGAAAACGAAUAGCAAAAGAGACAAGUAACACAAAUGACAAAUUAAAAUCGAAUCAAAUUUUUGACAUUUAUCUUCGAAAGGAACUGUUGUCAAUUUUUUUUGUUUGUUUGUGUGUGAACGGAAGAAAGAGUGUAUUUGUGCCGAAGCCGACGACGAAAAAUUAAACAACAUUGUUGGAAAAUUAAAAGGCACGUGCAUUGGGAACAAUCUCAAUUCAUCGACAAUGUUCGCAAUACCAAAACUGGGCGAUGAGGACAACCAGUACGAUGGAAGCCGAAUUUUCACUUGGCUCGCUGAUAUAUGUGGCCUGUCAGUUGACCUUAUAAACUUCCUCGUAUGUCAAAUUCUGGCCCUGUUCUUUGCGUCAUUCUUCCGCUCAUAUUUGCAUACAUCGAAAGUAACGACCAAUAUUCGUCAUGCAUUUGGACUCACAUUGGGCUUGUAUUUCGGUUAUUUUUGUUUUGGACAACAAGCAAUUCAUAUUGCCGGUCUUCCAGCCGUUUGCUAUAUCAUAAUUCGCACACAAAAUCCACAAAUUAUGCAACGCUUGGUAAUGGUGGUGUCACUGAUCUAUUUGUCAUUGGUGCAUUUGCAUCGCAUUUACUUUGACUAUGGAUCGUAUACGCUCGACAUAACCGGCCCAUUAAUGGUGAUCACUCAAAAAGUGACACUGUUGACAUUUAGCAUUCAUGAUGGAAUUGCACGCAACGAAAAUGAAUUGACCAAAUCGCAAAAGAUGCAUGCGAUUCGUACACUACCAACGGCACUGGAAUUCUUCUCCUACUCGCUACAUUUCCAAGGUUUGAUGGCUGGACCAUUGGUAUUCUAUAAAGAUUACAUUGAUUUCAUCGAAGGCACCAGCUUCUUGAAGCACACCAAUGGCAAUGUCGACAAAAGCGGCAAUAAAAUCGUUGUCGAACCAUCACCAACGAAGGCGGUCGUGAAAAAGGUCAUCGGCAGUGUUGUUUGCGCAUAUAUAUUCAUGAGCUGGAUUACCGUCUAUCCGAUAAAGCGACUCAGCGAGGAUGACUUCAUAGAAAACACACCGUUCUUCUACAAAAUGUGGUAUAUCAUGAUGGCCACAACAACCAUUCGCUUUAAAUAUUAUCACGCUUGGCUUUUGGCUGAUGCAAUUUGCAAUAAUUCUGGUCUUGGCUUUAAUGGAUACGAAAAGGAUGGAAAUCCAAAAUGGGAUCUCAUCUCAAAUAUUAAUGUGAUUUCGUUUGAAUUGGCCACAAAUAUGCGUGAUGCAAUCAACAAUUGGAAUUUGGGCACAAAUCAAUGGUUGCGCAUAGUCGUUUACGAACGAGUUCCCAAAAAAUAUGGAACGUUCCUAACGUUCGGUUUAAGCUCGCUCUGGCACGGUUUCUAUGCAGGCUACUAUCUCACCUUUGCAUCGGCUGCACUCAUUGUAGAAUCAGCUAGAACGGCUCGAAAAUUAUUCCGCCACCGAUUCCAGCAAAGCGAAUCAUCGCGCAUUUUCUAUGAUAUUUUGACUGUUUUGACAACACGUGUUUUCAUGGGCUAUCUUACAUUCCCAUUCAUUUUACUUGAGUUUAAGACCAGUCUUAGUUUGUACCUGAAUCUAUUUAUGUGCCUUCAUAUAGUUGGCUUAAUAAUGAUCUACGUAUUGCCGCAUUUCAUUCGCGGUGAACGGUCACAAAAGUCGAAUGCAGUAACAGCACCGACAUUAAACGGAUUUCACAAUGCUUCAUCGCCGACAUCGGGAACUAACUCGAACGGUGUUGUUCAGUUGAACGGUGUUCAGUCAAACGGUGUGAAUAGCCAUCAAUCCAAAACCAAAAUCGUACAAUCCAACAAUGCGCACAACAAUGAGCAAUUCGUUGAUUAUCUACCCAAUAAUAGUAACCAAUGUGAUAUUAAUGUUAAUACUGAAAAUAAAUUAGAUGAUGACACAACCAACGGGGAUAAUGGUGCAAACGGUUCAACUACUGAUAGUGCGUCAACGGCAACAGAUUGUAAUAAUAGUUUAAGUAAUAAUGAUACACAAGAUUAUCGGCAACCGACUUCAACCGAUCAGCAUCUGUCGAAGAAAAUUCGAGAGCGUAUCGAUAGUGAAACAAGGUAUAUUGAGGAGUUUAUUGAUAAAACGGUAACGGGUAUAGUUGAGCUUAAAGAAGAUUUGAUGCGGGUAAACCAGGACGAUAUUUAUGCCAGUGGGACCAGUGAUGAUGGCCUUCGCAAACGCAACCUGUCCGACAUGACCAAUGGCAAAGAGAUUGAAACAUUUUUACGGAAAGAAAUCAAUAAUGCCAACGUUUUGCCAGCCGUUCUAAGCAACGGACACGCUGACUGAGGCAUUGUACAUUGAGCAACAACAACACAUACAAACAUAUGAGCUAAAUCAGGAGAGAAACAGUCGCCAGACCGCCUUCCAUACCGAUGAUAUUUAUCUAAAUAGUGUUUAAUAUUAAGCUCGAUUAUUAAAUUUGAAAAUACUUACGAAGAGAAGACGAAUAAUGUGAUCAAAUCUAUCAAGAACCAACAACUCUUCGAAAUGAUCCCAAUCGUAAACCAUAGCGCAAAAGCAGACAACAACACACACAAAAAUGCAACACAUAAUUUUUGUAAAAUGUUUUCCAAUCAAAUUGUUUUUAUACAUAAUGCAGUUAGUUUUAUUUUGUUCUUAAUGGUUCCUUCAAAGCUAGUUAAAUUUAGUAGGAGCAAAGUGACUUCAAACUCUUAAUCAAAAAUGUAUUUUUCUUCCUCCUUUCUUUUGCUAAAGAAAUUUUAGCUUCCCACAGCUAAUGAUACAUUUUAAAUAUUUUUACGAUUUGAAAUUUUGUAAAUUUUUUGUUUGAUUUUUUUUCAUUGCAAAAAAAAAACUCGAAUAUUGGCAGAUGGGUCAAAAUGACCAAAGAUUCUAUAUGAAUUGUUAAAAAAAAACCACCUCGGUUCAUCCGCCAAGAUUCAAAUAAUUAUUUAAAAACUUAGUUAAGCUUUCUAAAAGAGACUAAAAUUCCACGUUGAAUAAAUUGAAAUGUAUCUUAUAGUACGUUUUUGCCUGAAUUUAAAUUCAAAAAAAUACGGCUUAAAUUUCUUAAUGUUGCAAACAAAAUAUAUUUAUAUAUACAUAUAUACAAAAAUAUUGAGAGUAUGAAUAUAGAAAAAAAAAUCGAUGUUUUCCGUUGAUUCAUUUGUCUCGUUUUUGCCUUCCGCUUUAUGUGUAGUGGCUUAAUCAAAUUAUUACAUACAAUGCACCAAACUGAGUUUUUCUUUUAAAUAAAUUCAAAUGUUCUUUACUACUUAAUUCGGUGAAUAAAAAUAUGGCAGUUGAACUAAAUUCAAAUUGAAA